AGCCCCGGAAUCAUCUAGAGGCCGAUCUAUGUCUCCUAUAUUUAUGGAUCAUGCUUCGUUACGGAAUAAUGAAACUUCUCUGAUAAAUUGCGAAGAAUGUUCAUUCAAUAAUAAUUACAAUGAAUGAGAAUUUGGAAAACAUCAAUCCAAAACUCUACAAAAAAUUGAAUGACAGAGAAAUCACAGCCGAAGAGCAAGACGAAGAUGUUGCGGAUGCAUUUGACGCAAGAGAGAUUUUCGAUAUCAUUAGAAACAUUAAUGAUCCAGAACAUCCUUUAACUCUGGAAGAAUUGAAUGUAGUAGAGCAGGAUCUCAUUGAGGUUGACGAUAAAGGAAACAGAGUGGACGUAAAGUUUACACCCACCAUACCUCAUUGCAGCAUGGCCACUUUAAUUGGAUUGUCCAUUCGUGUACAAUUGCUGCGUGCUUUACCUGCUAGGUUUAAGGUCAGUGUGGAAAUUUCUCCUGGUACACAUGUCUCGGAGGAAGCAGUGAACAAACAACUCGCAGAUAAGGAAAGAGUGGCUGCAGCUUUAGAAAAUUCCAUGUUACUUGAUGUAAUCAAUCAGUGCUUAGCUCCAAAAAAUUAACAUGUAUAAAUUUUAAGAUUUUUAUCUUUACAACAACGUAUACAUAAUUUUGUUUUACAAGCAUACACACACACACACACACAAUUUUAAAUUUCUCUUCUAUCAUAAGUUUCUUUCUAAAAAAAUUUGUACAUAAUUUUGUGUGUAUUGUAUGUAGUUAAAUAUUAUGAGAGAGAGAGAGAGAGAGAAAAUAUAUUAAAGAUUAAACUAAUAAAUUUAAUAAUGUUAAUAUAUAUUAAAAAAAAAGAAUAAAACGAAAGGAGAGCAGAUUCUUACAGAAAGGUA